AGCAGUUGCGCUCAUCCACCAUGUCCAAGGUACCGACGAAACCAGAAGCUACCUCUCUCUAUGAAUGCGUAUGUGCGUUCCUUAGAGAAGUCACGGUGAAUCCAUUUGCGGAUUAUCAGCGAGACCCCGCGAUUCUGAGUCUUCCAGAGGCCAUCCUCCACAAAAUCUUCAACUCGCUCUCAUCGCCGAUCGACCAAGUUUGCCUCCUCCUCGCCUGUAAGAAGUUCCAUGACACAUUCGUCUCCACAGGCGUCCUCAACCGCCGCGAGUUCGCCUUUCCUCGUCUGAAAUCUCGUCCUCAUGCCGAUCGCCAGCCUCGGGGAAUUGACCUGGCCAACGCAACAACAACAACAACAACCACAAUGGAAACGUCAUCACGAACAACCCUGCUCAUCCGCCUCGAAGACAAUCGCUGGAAAUUCUGCGCCGCAUGUCUCCACCUCCAUCCGAAACGCGAAUUCUCCUGGUUCGAGCGUGGCAAGCCACCACUUGAGCGGCGCUGCAUGCCAAACGCCGGAAUCGUUGACCUAUGUCCCUGCUUUUCCCUGACGUUUCGGGACCGGAAUAAGAUCGCGGAGUAUCUACGCAAGGUAGCUGCGAAAUAUGAGCCCAAUUUGCAGGGAUCAAAUCUGAGGGGCGGUCUACAUGACUCUCGGCGUGAGCCUCGACCUCCGACCGAGUCAUUUCAGAUAAGUAUUGACGAAAAUGGGGAUACGGGAAUCUUGCAUCAAUGCCGUGUGCUCGACAAGCCAGGUAUCAUUGUGGACUUCACUAUGGGGCUGCUUACGAGCGGCAAGGGAUGUGAGAGGCAAAGGCUCGUCGCAGGGGAGGCGGUGGCGAUGAUAGGGAGAUAUGUCAUACAGGGUAAUGUAUCUGAUUGUGAUAAGUCUUUAAAGAUAUUUCCGUGGCCCAAUCUCGAGCUAUUGGAGCAUGUCCGGGCUCGACGGGAGAUGGUGCUUAUGCCGUGUGGCGCGAGAAUUCAUGCACCGAACUUCAACCGGGGAGAUUCUGGUGGUGACUACGUGGUUGUUAACUUCUAUCGGCCGCUGGGGAAGGUGAAUUGGCCGGCAGAUAAUGUGUGGGCGAGACACUGCCGCAUAUAGCAUGGUGAUUCUAGGGUCGAGGACGAUUGAAUGGAGGAAGAGGAAUAUGCGGCGGCAGAAGAUAAGUUUGAGUUGAUACUAGACGCCGAGACGUGAGCUUUAUCCCAGAGACCGAAUGCAAAACGAGAAUCUUGUUGGACAAUAGUACUUACCGUUGACUUACCUUGGUGGGCUCGUCUUAGCUUCACCCGAAGGCUACUAGUCACCAGCACUGCGUAGAAGUGCGAGC